GACGCAACGCGGCGAAUCUACGGCGCGCCACUUGUGACCAAGAUCACCACAAGCGGAGGCGGACGGCUCCCCCCAUGCGGUACUAAACCAAAUGAUCUACAAUUUUGUUGACGAAAGUUGACAAUAUCCAUGUUAAAAAUGGAUGAAGAAGAUAAUCAGAAGAGAGAUGACGCUGACGAGAUUUUACAAAAUAAGCUGAGAAUAGACUCCCUGAGAAAUGCAUCAGGAGACAACACUGAAUGUGACUCUUUGUCUCAGCAGGGAACAAGGCUCAUAUCAGAUGAAGCUUUCAGGAACCUUGAAAAGAAAAGGAAAGAGAGUGGCACAAACAAAAGGCCAUUGUCAGGAUCGCCAAACUUGGACACUGCUGAAGCAGAAAGACCUGAAAAUAUCUCCAGAAAGAGAAAGCUGAUGUCUUCUACUGAUGAGAAAGACAGUGACAGGAAGUUGCACAAAGUUCUAGCUGAAGAAGAAGGUAGCAUAGAAGCUGGAGCUGUAAAAAUUGAAGGACUCGCUGGCUGUCAUGAUGAUAAUGUAUGUAAUUCAAAUUUCAUGUGCCCACAUUGUGAUUUCAAGUGUGCUGAUGGUGCCAUACUGAAAAUUCACAAGGAAACUAAACAUUCACAAGAGGUUUCAGCUGCUGUUCCUGAAACGUUACCUUCUUCAGAAGAAAUCAGUGUUGACUGUAGAGUUGAAAACAUGGACAAAGAUAUUAAAGGCAAAACACAUGAUCAGUUUUUACCAUCCUGCUCUGAUUUAGAAAAUCAUAUGCAAGAAAGUCACUGUCAACAAUCCAAAGAGCAAAGAUGCCCUCGCUGUAGUUGCACAACUAAAUGUAAUUCAGCAUUACAUACGCAUGCUAAGCAAGAUCAUGAGAAAUCCAAGAUAUUUUGUUGUGAUCUUUGUGGUUUUCAGAGUGCUGAGGAAAAUCUCCUAAAUUCUCAUCUCCUCAGCAAGACGCACCUUCGACGCCAAAAUCUUGCUGCACGGGGAGGAUUUGUACAAAUAUUGACCAAAAAAUCCUUUAAAAAAACACAGUCUACUGCAACCAGAGAGAAGAAUGUGAGAGCAAGACCCGGGAGUAGUAAAUUAAAGGCAAGGACUGCUGAUGCAAAAGAAUUAAAUGUUUGCAGUGCAUUGGAAGACUCAAAUGUAAGCUUGUCUAAACAAAAUGAUGGCACUGAACUUCUUGCUGAAAUGAUACCAUCUACAAAUAUUCCUGAUGAAAAAACAGAUAAGGUGAUGGGAAAGCUGCUUUCUUCCAGUGUAGAAGGAGAUAAUGAAGUUCAUACUGAAAAAUUAGAAGUACCUGGACCUUCAGAUUUCUUGCAGAAUUCAGAAUUCCCUCCAAUUACCAGAAAGCUAGUUAGCAGUUUAAAUGUGACAAAGAGAUUUGAUAGACUGGAACAUAAAAGAAAUAUUGUAUUGCUAAGGGCUCCUUUUGGAGGAAAUAGAUCUUUCAGAUUAAAAAGGCAAGUUAAAAGAAGGUACAAUUUGUUGGGUAAGAGAAGCAAGUCUGAAACUCGAAGAGCAUACGUGAAGCAUAUUUCUAGCACACAGCUUAAACCUAGUGAUUCAAGCCCUACAUCACAUACAGGAUUAGAAACAAAUGAUAAGAGUCAUUGUAAUACUACGUCAGAAAUUCAAGAUCUUACUCAAGGGAAGCCAAAUACUCUUUCUUCUAGCACUACAAAUAUUAAAAAUUCUGAAGUUGAACUUACUGCAGAUCCUAGUGUUCAUCAUACUUGCAUUGACUGUGGUCAUGUUUUUCAGAACAAAGAAAGUUUGGAAAUUCAUGUUGUAAAUUUUCAUACAAAAAGUAUUCAGUUUCUUUGUCAGACAUGUAGUUAUUCCUGUGGAGCCAAGGAAGACUUGCAACAACACUGUCAGAAUACUAAACACCAGAUGGGAAGUUGUAGCUUUAAUUGUCAACUUUGUUCAUUUACCAGCUUGAAUGUGAUAAACUUUCAAAGCCAUAUGACUGAAGUGCAUAAUAUGUCCCAUAGUUGUCCAACUUGUGUUCUUUUUUUUCAAACACAGGAAGAGCUGAUAAAUCAUCAAAAAGAUGAGAAACAUGAUAGUUCAUUAUUUCAACAAGCUACUCCAUUGAGUAACAGUGGUCUGACCUUGCAAGUGGUAAGUUAUUCAGACUCAGUAUCAAAUAGUAGCCAAAAGCUUGCAAAGGAAACUAAAAUAUCAAUGAAAACAAAACCUCUAGACUCUUCCACUGUAAAUCAGAAAAAUGAACUAAAACAUUCUGUUCUGAGUAAAACCCAAUUUCAGUGUAAGAAGUGUUUUUAUAAGACGAGAUCUUCCACAGUUCUUACAAGGCACAUAAAACUCCGACAUGCACAGGGAUAUCACUUUCUCUGCAAAGCAUGUAAUCUUUACUCACUGAGUAAGGAAGGAAUGGAGAAGCAUAUCAAAAGAAGCAAGCACCUUGAAAAUGCUAGGAAAAAUAAUAUUGGACUGCGUUUUGAGGAAUGCAUUGAAAAGGUUUGUGUUGGGGUUGGUGGUAUUAAAACAGUGAUGGAUCCUUCCAUUUCUGGGAAUGAGAAUACAGAGUUUGAUAAAGAAAUUGUACAUGUUCCAUCCUCUACUGCAGAAAACAUAUUGAGAAAUAAGGAGUUUGUUUCAGUUGAUCAAAAAAUUGGUGAAAAUGAAUUGGUUUUAACGAAUGCACCAAAAAGAGGGAGACCCAAAGGCACUAUUUCUAGAACGUGUACCCACUGUGGUCUUUUGGCCUCCAGUGUUACAAAUUUGACUGUUCAUAUCAGGCGAAAGCACAGCCAUCAGUACAGCUAUUUGUGUAAAGUUUGCAAUUACUACACUGUAACCAAAGGAGAUAUGGAACGUCAUUGUGCAACCAAAAAACAUAAAAGUCGUGUGGAAAUAGAAGGACGUGGAAAACAGAACUCAGAGAUCAUUGUUAGCCCUGGAGGAGAAAAUUCCGAAUCUACAAGCAAGAAGGUUAACAGCCCCAUGCCUGCACUGUGUGAACAUGUUGAGGAUGGUAGCCAGACUUUAGAUUUAGGAAAUUCUAUCAUAGACCGUCAAGAAAUUGAGCAAGGAAAUGCUGAGGAAAAUGUUGAAAAUGCUAGCAGGCUGCCAGAUUUGGAGCAUGCUAGGAAUUCGUUAAAUAUAAAACAUGCAUUUCCUGAAUUAGCAAAGGAUGCUCAGGAUGGUGACCCCUGGUUCCAGAGAAGAAUGGUGGGUGCAAAUGACAACAAGUGCAUACACUGUGAUUUCACUGCUCAUUCUUCCUCUUCAUUAGAGUUGCAUGUAAAACGAAAGCAUACAAAACAAUUUGAAUACUACUGCAUGGCUUGUGACUACUAUGCAGUAACUCGCAGAGAGAUGAUUAGGCAUGCGGCAACAGAGAAACAUAAACUUAGAAGAGAAUCUCAGGUUUGUUUGUCUGUGGAGGAAGUAAACACAGCACAUAUCGCUAAAGAAGGCUCUGCUCUGUCCCAAGAGGAGCACCAUCACAGUGCAGGAGAACUGAAAACUGUCUUAGGUGAAAUGAAAUGUGCCAGUGAUGCACCAGAAAGUGAUCGUACAUGUAAAAGCUUAACAGAGUGUAUUUCCUUAGAUGAAAAUGCAUUUCCAGAAAUGCCUAAAGAAAGCGGUUCCCAAAAUACAGUGGAAAGCGUAGUUAAAGAGGAAACUAAAAAUGGAGGAGAAAACAUUUUAUGUGAAGGAUUCCAGGGAGCUCCUCAGAAAGAUAAUGCUGAUGAGCCUGAUGAAGGGAUACCAAUUAAAGAGGCAGGUGCCUGUGAGUUGCAGAAAAGUGGACAUGGUCAGGAGCUGCUCAACUCAGGUGAUUGCCUGGCAGAAAUUGAAAAUAGAUCAGGUGGCACAAACUUAAACUCAGGAAAAGGCAAGGAAAACUUGGACGCAAAUAGAGAAAAACCUGAAGCGGAGGGUAGAAACACAGAUAUUAUUGAAGAAAUAUCACUGAAAGAAGAUAACCCACUUCUGCUAAGUCUUCCAGAAACGAAAAGUGCAGCAUGGCAAUCAAAUUUUGCUGGAAACAUUGGAGAGAUGGUGCAAAAUAUGCAUAGUUUAGAGGGUGACAGAAGUUUCAAAAAGAAUCCUACUGGGGAGGAGGAAGAAGCCCUUAUGGAAGCACAACAUGAAGCAGAAGUAACUAUAAAUAACAGUAUUUGGGAGGCAGAUGGCUCAACAGCUGAGGGCAUGCAAGAAAGUAGUAAUGAGGCUUUAGGAACAGUUACCAGUACUGAUGAUAAACGAAAGGCAAUGCAAAAUUUUGGCAAGUUUGAUUCUUCUAUAGUAAGAUUAAAAAGCGAUCAAGAUGGAGAGCCCAUUGACCAUUCAGAUGAAGGACAGGUGCCAGGUGGAGUGAGAACUGGUGAGUUUGCAGUGAAAGCAGACGCUUCACCAAGUGGUGGGAAAAAGAAGAAGUCAGAAGGCAUUUCCCUUGGGGAACUGACACGUAUUCGCUGCGAUGACUGUGGCUUUCUAGCAGAUGGUUUGAGCGGACUAAAUGUUCACAUAGCCAUGAAACAUCCUUCAAAAGAAAAACAUUUUCAUUGUUUACUCUGUGGAAAGUCAUUUUACACAGAGAGCAAUCUUCAUCAGCACUUGGCCAGUGCUGGGCACAUGCGCAAUGAGCAGGCAAGCGUGGAGGAGCUGCCUGAAGGAGGUGCAACCUUCAAAUGUGUGAAGUGCACGGAGCCCUUUGAUUCAGAGCAGAACUUGUUUCUCCAUAUCAAAGAGCAGCACGAAGAACUGCUGCGGGAAGUGAAUAAGUACAUUGUGGAGGACACUGAGCAAAUAAACAGAGAGAGGGAAGAGAACCAAGGCAACGUCUGCAAGUAUUGUGGGAAGAUGUGUAGAAGUAGCAAUUCCAUGGCCUUCCUAGCUCACAUUCGUACCCAUACAGGAUCAAAGCCAUUCAAGUGCAAGAUAUGCCACUUUGCAACAGCUCAGCUCGGAGAUGCCAGAAACCAUGUCAAGAGGCACCUUGGGAUGAGGGAAUACAAGUGUCAUGUCUGUGGGGUAGCUUUUGUGAUGAAGAAGCAUUUGAAUACUCAUUUACUGGGCAAGCAUGGAGUUGGCACACCCAAAGAAAGGAAAUUCACAUGUCACCUGUGUGACAGGAGCUUCACGGAGAAGUGGGCGCUGAACAACCACAUGAAGCUGCACACCGGGGAGAAGCCAUUUAAGUGCACCUGGCCCACCUGCCACUACUCCUUCCUCACGGCUUCGGCGAUGAAGGACCACAUUAGGACUCACACAGGCGAGAAGUCGUUCCUCUGUGACCUUUGUGGCUUUGCCGGCGGGACACGUCAUGCCCUCACCAAGCAUCGAAGGCAACACACAGGAGAGAAACCAUUCAAGUGUGAUGAGUGCAACUUUGCUUCUACAACACAGUCACAUCUGACACGACACAAGCGUGUCCAUACUGGAGAAAAGCCUUACAGAUGUCCCUGGUGUGACUACAGAUCUAACUGUGCUGAAAACAUCCGUAAACACAUUUUACAUACAGGAAAGCAUGAAGGAGUGAAAAUGUAUAACUGUCCUAAAUGUGACUAUGGAACCAAUAUCCCUGUAGAGUUUCGUAACCACUUGAAAGAACUACACCCAGAUAUUGAAAAUCCUGAUCUGGCGUACCUACAUGCCGAUCAUCAAAUCUGGUUUUGAAAUGUCGUUCUUUGGUAAGAGCUUUAUGCCUGUCUCUUGAUAUUCUAAAACCCAUUUUCUCGAGUUGCUUAUUGAACUUGAAAUUUUGUUUUAAAAAAAAAUAAUAAUAAUCAGAAAUCCAAUGAUAGCUGAUUAUCCACAAUAUUCAUUUCUUUUUUCAUGAAAUGACUGUUAAGACACUGAGAGAUUUUAUAGUUGUUCUAGAACUGAAAUGGAAUAAUUAACAAAUGAAGGAGUCCUGCAGACAAUGUUUUAGUUAUGGUAAUUUGGUUAUAAUGGAAACUAUUCAUAUUAUUGUUAUACAUGCACGAAUCUGAAGAUUCAUCCUCAUGAAUGUGAUAUUAAUGUAACAGUUUUCAUGUCAUGUUGAAGACCAUGAGUUUUUUUUUUAAGUGAGAUUAUUUGGUAAAGAAUAUUUUUCUGAGCCACCCAUUGUGGACUUCUCCUUAUAAUGAGACUAGUACAGAGUAAGCUGAAGAAAUUUUUGGAUAUGCAUUGCAUUUCCAAAUUUCUUGGAUGUUUUUUUUUCUCCCAAUUGAUGCUACUUCUCAACAAUGAGUUUAAAUGAACUUGAUUGCUUUGACAAGUGGAACAAGGGAAUGACCAGUACCUGUGGUAGAAGAUAAAGAGAUCGGUUCUCCAGCUGUUUUCCUCAAUACUUUGUCUGCUUUCAAACAGCAUUGCUCAGUAGUGAUAAUUUUAGUUUGAAGUAAAUGCUCUUGUCUUAUAAGCAUUAUGAUACUGUUAUGAUGCAUUAUUUAUAUCUAUGGAUCAACAUCUCCAUUAUUCCACUAGCGGCAGGAACCAUGGCAUCUCACUGUGUGCAUUGUAGUCUUGUGUGGCUACUAAACUGGCCACAAGGCAAAAAUGUCCUCAGAGAGAAGAGGAGCGGUUUGCUAAUUGUUGCUAAUUGCUAUUGUUUUGAUUGUGUUUAAAGUUAUGCAACGAUAUUGGGUUUUUUUCUGUAUCAUUAUUUGUGUGCUGCAGAAGUAGUUCAUAUUAAAAGCGAACAUGAGAAUGAGUGCUGCUCUGGGAAACCAGAAUAACCCAUUUUGUUCUGCAUUAUUCUUAUAAUGGGCUUGAUCUCUGAGUUUCCUCUAGUACAAAUUAUAUGCAGUGCUGACAUAGUUCAAGGCAAAGAACUUCUGCUUGAAAAUGGUUUCAUUGUAGUCACUUAUGCCGUUACGGAACUGCAUAAGACAUCAAACAGAAAAUUUGGAGCUGUUCUACUAAUUUAGAAUUAGCAGUCAUGAACUAUUUCUCGUGAAUUAAAAAAAAAAAUCAAGGAAGGCAGAUGAAUUUAUUGUAUUCUUUGGUACAUCCAUUCUUUCCUUGAAAGUGAUCAUGUGCUUGUCAAGCAUUCAAAUUAUCCAGCAUGCUCUGUGCAUAUCUGCCACCCUGGGAGCACGCUGGGGUGGAGGACUGCUUAUUCCUUUGGCUCCUGGCAGAAGGAAAAGCAUGAGCCACAUCCCCUUGCUGUGCAGCCCUGUUCUGGGGCCUGCUUGGAAGAAGAGCUCUGUGCCUGUGCUGCCGUGAAAAUUAUAGGUGUCUCUGGGGUUGGGCAUCCACAGAACAAAGAUGAUGAUGAUCGUGUUUUGGCAGUUUGCUGCCUACAUGGUGAUUGAAGGCUUAGUGCUCAUGAAGAGUUACAUAAUUCAUGACCAAAAUGAUAGAUAGGCACUUGAUUAUAGUGUAUGAGUUGCUUCACAGGGAGAAAAUAUCAGACGUUAGCUACUCCUAAUCUAGCUGAGAAAAGCCUAAGAAAAAUAGUUACUGACUGCAUAGUCAGACAAAUUGAAAUGAGAAACAAGGUGCAAACACUUAAAUAUGAGUUUGAUUGAGCUCUGAAAACAACUAGCAGGAGAAAUUUGCCCUGUUCCACUCCUGUGAGCUUUGAGAGAACUGGAUGUCUUCUUGGAAGAUAGCUUUUAGGAAGGCCUGAGGUUGCUGGGCACACUGCAAUACUCAUUUAAGAUAAUUUAAUGGGCUUUGAUGUGCCGGAAUUCAGGCUAUUAUCUAAUGGUCCUUUCUGCUUUUAAAUCUUAAUACAGCCUGUUGAUAAGGGUUCCUUCCACCUGUGCACCUAGAGUGUGUAGGUGCUGGAAUAGUUGAGGACAGAUGUAAAUUCUGCUUUGGAGAUGACAUUUCCAUCAUCAAUACUGAAUUCCUUCUCUCUAAGCCUGAAGUACCCGUGACUGACUGAGAGACAUAUCUGCCUCUCUGAUGUGUAGUUCUAAGUUCUUAAUAAAAUGCAUAGGAACAGAUGUAUUUUAAAGUUUAAGAGGUAUUAGAAGAAUUCCUAGGAAAUUCUGCUCUUCUGUUUGGUAGUUCUCUUGUUUUGUUAUUGGCUUCUGAAAUCUGACAUAAAUGAAAAUGACAGGUCAAUUAAGCAUCUGUUCAGCAAGCCAGGCCUACAUCCUGAUCUUUUUUAGUUCAGGAGAACAGUUUUAGCUCUUUCCAGAGAGCAGUGGAAAAAAAGAAAAGUUUACAGCAAAAUCACUUUUAUUUGCAAGUUUGAAAAAUGUUUUUGUGAACUUUUUUGAAGUUCAGUUUUCAAAAAGCUAUGCCCUCCACACUUUUCUCUUUCAAUUUCUUUACUUUUUGAGAAAGCAAGCUGUACCAGCAAGCUGCAACCUGAUUACAUCAUCAACAAGGGACCAAAUUGUGAUGCUAUCAGUUGUAACAGUUGCAAUAUUCAUGAACGGAAUUCUGAAAGUUCAAAUAGUUAAUCCCAAAUAAAAUUGUGAUCUUUAUCCCACUUGACAGCUACAUUUAUCAAAUUAUUAAGAGAAAAAAUUGAUUGCUAAAAGUUAUGGUGUGAUCUAUUAUGUGAUUUUAUCAAGGUAUAACUGUAUUACCAAGUGGAAACUGCAGACUUAUUCAGAAUGUGAAUUGGACACACAUAAACUGAUAAUAUAGCAAUUAUACCAGUGUUCUAGAGCUUUUCUAUUUUAAAUUUAUUUUUUCCUUUAUCUUUUUACAACCUCUGACUCUUUAGUAGAAAAUAUAAAGUUGGAAACAAAUUAGGAAAAAUAAAAUAAUAGUAUCUGUUUACUGUUAUAUUCUCUGAAUUCAUCAUGCCACAGAAAUAUCAAUUCAGUGAAUGCUAUUUAUGGGUGAAAUAAUGGAAGUACAAAUCAGUUAAGUCCUUGUGCAGACACGUAUUUCAAACAUUAAGUAAAGCCUCCAAAGAACGGAUAAACAAUUUUAUUUGAAAGCGUAUUAAACUUUGUCUUGAUAUAGUUAUGCUCUUAGUCUUUAUCACAGUUUAAAUAAAACAUACUUUAAAUGCUGUAAUUUAAAUCAAUAUUAAAAAUCUGCCAUUGCUGGAUAUAAGCAAAUCAGGUAGGAGCUUUUUCCGUAGGAAUACUGCUUGGGUUGUUAGUCAGAUAAAACAUUAUUUUUGAUAGCUGAUAUACUUAGAAAAAAGAAAAUAGGAAAAGAAAAGCAGCAGCAGCUCUGCUUCAAACAGGUUUGCUCUUGUCAUAGCUAUUAGUGCCAGUCUUUCAAUAGCAUGUCAUGUUGAUUGGCAGAUGCUCCCUUUCCUCUUUUGUGAAGAAUAAUAAUUUUAGUGUGUGCUUGAAAUAAAAACCUAGUAUAAGUGAUUUGCUGUUUGUAAAGGAGAAAGCUAGCUUCCUUGUAACCUAUGUAGAUUAAGUAUUAUUGUGUUUCAGGGAAAAUUAAUUUACUUAAAAAAAAAAAUGGAACGGGAGUCAUUUGAUUAUUUUUAUAUCUGUCUUCUAUUUGAAGGCAUUGUAUGCCUGGAAGAGCUUCCCUAGACACUGUCUCUAUCUGAGUGGUCAUGACCAUGGGGUUGGUACUUUCCAGGUAGCCACUGACAUGAAGAUGUGUUUUUUUUUCUUCCUUGUGUAAUGUGUAGCUUUUGCUACUCCUGUUGAAGGCCUUCAUUAUUCAUUUCAUGGUUCCUUAGCUGCUUUUCCUGUAGAGUCAGCAUUUAGUGCUGCUGAGUGACGUGAAAGAGUGCUGAAGUAUUUUGAUGCAAAUAUUACGUCAUCUAACAUGCAAAAAAAAAAAAAAAAAAAAAAACAUCACUGUUAACAUUAGUAUUACUGCAUUAAGUGAACGCUAUUCUCAAAUGAGAGUGAAGGCAUGAAUCUCACUGAGGAAAAAUAUGCUUGGGAUAUAAUUUUAAGGAAAAGGAAAAUAUUGCCUAGACCAAAGUCUGGAACUUCUCUUACUGCCUCUGAUCAGUGGAAGGAUUGUUUGUCACAUCAUGCACCAUUUUUCUAUCAAAAGAUUUGAUGCUGUGCUGUAGGUUCAUUACACAAGUGUUUUUUGUGAUCUGUAGUACAAAUGAUGCUCAUAGUUGUAAUCUGGCAUCCUGUUAAUGCCUUUCUGCCCACAUCCCCCUGCUCAGAGGCUUUCCCUUUUUUUUAGGAGUACAUCUCAUAGUGUAUCAUCCAGAGAGGUUAUGCUGGAGUCCUAAGAAAUACAGAGCUCUUAAAAAUUGUGUUUAUUAAGACAAGCACAUGAUGUAAGAUGCAACUUGCAGAAGAAAGUGAAAAUCUUUAUUUAUAAUGCAGUAGUUUAUUUUAAUAUUAAUAUAAUGUACUGUGAAUUUAUAUACCCAUAUACACAUAUAUUAUAUAAUAAAUAUCUAUAUAGAGUGUUACAAGCAUCAUCCCUAUUACAAACUAAUUAUUGAGGGACAAGGUUUAGUGGGAAAUAUUGGUGAUAGGUGGAUGGUUGGGCUGGAUGAUCUUAGAGGUCUUCACCGACCUUGGUGAUUCUAUGACUCUUUGAUUACUUGAAGAAUUGAACUAAAGUGUACUUGCAAAGUGUACUUACUGAGAGCAAACUAUAUUUCAGUGUAACGAUAUACCAAAGUUCACUUUGCUUACAUAACACCACCACCUGUUGGCCUUUGUCAAUGUGGCUAUACAUUAUUUACUGGACACUAAAUUUUCUAUUUCGUAUGAGGUGCUACCAACAUCUCAACAACAUGCACUGAAAGAGUGUGCCCCUAAUAAAUCAUUUAAAUGAUUAUUAUUAUAUGCAAGUCUCUUUUGAUUUACUUGCAAGCCAUUGUCUCAAUUUUCUAUUUUUAAUUACAGAAUUGUUUAUCAGACAAAAUUUUGCUACUACACAAAAUGGAAAAAAUAAUACCGAGUAAUUUUGGAAUCAGAAAUGUUUAAAUAUAUGUGGGUAGUGUUAGAUACAGAAGGACUGAAUCAAGAAUUACUUGUGUGCUUUACUAGAUCAAGUCAUUAGUGAGGAGAAGGACGCUCAACAGUAAUUGCUCCAAUGAAUCACAAAUCAUUGGCAUUCCAUGCUGAUUUUUAAAAUUUCUUUUGGGCUUUCUUUUUGUUUGCUUUCAUUGAUCCAACAUAUGCUGCACCGACAUUCCAUUAAUUUCUUGACAUGGCAUCUUGGAUCUUGACCUUUUGCAAGCAAGGAUGCCUUGUCUGUCUGGUACACGUGUUCUUUUGUACUUCUUCUAAUUUCUACUUUACUUCCAAUAGUUCUUCAUAAUUUUUCCCAUCUUUUCAUUUACCAGGUCUUUGGUACCUUUCAAAUGCUAAAUGCUCUCCCAUAUAUCCUUAGUAACCAUGCUGGAUUUUUCUGUCCUUUUUAAUAUUUAGGUUUUAUUGGAUGAAUGUAGAUUGCACCUUCUCUAACUGUGCCUUAAAUAAUUGCCACUUAAGGGAAUUAAGAAGUACAAGGGAAGGAAAAUGCUGACCCAUAGACUAAGCAGAAGGAAAAAACGUUCCCACUGGGUCCAAUUUCCUAAGAAGGACCAUCAGGAUAGUGACUAGGACCUGAAAUUAUGGGCUGAAUGACCUCUAAAAAAUUAUCAAUUCAAAGAGGAGCUUGUCUGUAACUGUUUGCACUAAAGGAAAUGAAGAUAGGUAGAAGUCUCACAGAAGAAAGAUUGCUUCAGUUUCUUGGUGAACAUAGAAGAGCAUGAUAUGAAACUAUCAUGUAAAUACAUUGCAUGCAGACUCUCUAAUUCUUGUAUCAUGUCAAAAAAAAAACCAUGGAGGCAGAUAUCACCUCUCUUAACUCGCGAUGCGUCAACUAGUUGAGAAACCCUGGUUCUAAAUGGGAAGAUAAAUGUACUUCUUCUGAAUUUAAGAUAUUUUAUUCAGGUCUUGCAUUUAUUGGAAAGAGUGCAUGCUCAUCAAUAUCUAAUGUCAAAUAAAUUAGCUGUACAAAAACUGCUACAGAUCUAAUACAGAUGUUUUCCUUCUCUAAGCCAUUGCAGUCUGAAUUUCACAUACUAUUCACUGAUAGUACGAAGUGACCUUAAAGUGAAUGCAAUUUUCAUGUAAAUUGCAUGGGAACCUGAGCAUAAAUAAAAACUUUGGGCUACGGAUGAUACAAAUCACUAGCUGAGCUCCACAGUACUGGGUUAAAGACAUCGCUGUCUCUAUAGAGGCUGGGCUGUGAGAAGUACUAGAGGUGCAAGACACUGGGUGCAAAGCUGCUGAACAGGUUUCUGCACACUGUUUAAGAGGAUUUUUCAGAUACUUGAAGGAUUGAUUACUACUCAAAUGGCAUUUCAGAACCCUAGACUUUUUUUUCAUAAACUGGAAUUUCCUUAUCAAUCAGUGUAUGUUGAAAAUGCACUGAUUGAUUGCUAUAUAGUUGCUAUAUAGUUUUUAGGAAUAUAAUGGCAUUGCAGAGGUGGUCAACAUAUGUAAAACAAAAUGUUAAAAAAAACUACCGUAUGGCACUCUAAGCUAUGUCUCUACCUCUUUUGUGACUUGCCAAAAUGGUACUUUUUAGUCUAAAAAGUAAUAGCUGAUAAAAGUUUUCAGAGCAGUUUGUCAAAGAUUUAGAAGAAUCAGUCCGUUUUGAAGUGAUAGCAUCCAGAGGGAACUUUUGAGAUGAAAUCAUCUAUUGAUGGGAGGGUGGAAAGAAAAAAAAAAAAAGAUAAAACCUUGGUCAUCUAGUUGUC